AUGGUGUUCGAGGCCAUCAAAGAGUCAUGGAGACUCUUUACUCCCAUGGAGAAGAGGAAUAUUGCCAUCUACAUUGUCGGAAUCAUGUUGUACAAAUUUGGACUUGAGGCUUUCAACGGUUCAAUCGUCGCCCUGGCCACCAACAAAUACGACUACGAAGCCUGGCUCACCGAUACCACCCCCAGGACCUUUGAGCGCGUUGGCCUGUUGACCGGCCUCAAUCAGGCCUUCCAAUGUGUGGGCUCGAUUUUGAUUGCGCCUCUCAUCAAACGGUGGCCUACCAAGCUGGUCCUCGCAGUGGCGAUAAUGGUGUUCGGUGUCAUGACGGCCAUUCUCCUUGUCGUGGACGCUGGUACCGGCGGGCGUUUCAAGCCUGAUAAUUGGGGAGAUACCCACGACGACGAUGACUUUGGGUACUACGGCUCCUACAACGCCAAUGGGAUCAUCCCCAUCUACUGUGUCAGCGGCAUUGCCUAUGGGAUGGUUGAAUUGAUCCGACGUGUCAUUCCACGAGACAUUGUUGGAGGCAACGUCCAAAAGCUUCGACGUAUGGACUCGCUUGUUCACAUCUUCUACGAAAUUUCUGGCACCGCGGGCGCCUUCUGCACGGCUUUGGCUUUGAUCCCUUCAUUCGGCAACAACUAUUCCUUCAUUAUCACCCCCAUUUUCUUCGCUGCCGCUGCAGCCGUUUGGUUCUUCAUCUCCAACCUCAACUAUAAGAAGCCGUUGAAGGAAGGAGGCAACUACCUCCUAGCCGUGGCCAUGGGCUUCUGGCUCUUCUUCGAUUCCAUCUGGACUGGUUUCAAGAUCAUCUUCAGCUCUCGCAAGUUUAUCUGGCUCUUGCCAGGCUACUCCUUUGCACUCUAUGGUCACCGAUAUCUCGAGAACGGCAUUGCGCCCGCUGUGGCUCGACGAUAUCUAGGGAACUCUGCUUGGUCACAGAUCAUGGUGGGAGGUAGUAACUUUGGCGAGCUUCUUGGUGCCGGAUUUGUCUUUCUCUUCACCAAUCUCGUCCAGACUCCGAUGCCAUGGCUCCGACUCGAUGCCCUGAUGCUUCUCAUAGUAUGGUAUCUCCCUUACUGGCACCCAAAGCGGGGUGAUGUCAAUGAAGCCUGGCGCGUCGCCGGAACCUUCAUUCCCAUCUCGUUCGGUUGGGCAGCUGGCGAUGUCUCCCUCGCUGCUUACAUCCAGGCCUCGCUCGCCCGCCUAGAGGCCGAAAACAAGGAGGUCUCAGCGUUAGGUGCUGUCAUGGCCUUCCUCUAUUCGACAUACAUCGUCAUUUAUGCCAUCUGCUCUCCCCUUCUAGGUCGAUACAUCGAUCGUGUCUAUGCCAACACAGGUGGCUCUGACGGUGGAAACAUCCGUGAAGCCAUCAGAAAUGUGGGUGGCGUGCAAUUUACUGUGAUUAUGGCAGUUGUGUUCGCCUCAACUUUCAUUCCUAAAGGGGCCGUGGCUUUCAAUCCUAAGAUGCUCAAUGAUGAGGUCCUUGACAAGGAUCUUGACCAUGAGAGUGAAAAUGGGUUUGUGGAUGAAAAGGAUCGCAAGGCUAGUGCUUUGGAUGCGAAGGUGGAGGAGCAAGCGGAAGAAAGCCGUCAGAGUGUUACAAGAGUGUCUGCUGAUAUCAACGACACCUUUUCGCCAGAUCUAAAGCAUAUCAGAGAGGAAAAUGGAGGUCCACUGAGGACCUAG